AUGGAUCCCGAGGUUCUUUCGCACUAUUAUGUCCUCGAAGUCAGUCAUGACGCUAGUGAUACCCUGAUAAAACUGGGUUUUCGGCGACAGUCUUUAAAAUGGCAUCCAGAUAAGAAUGCUGGUGCUUCUCCUACAAAACUAGCUCUUUGUAACGCUAUGAUGGGAAAAUUGAAUGAUGCGUAUAAGUGUUUACGUGACCCAGAUGCAAGGAAAUUAUAUGAGCUGAGAUGUACUUCUAUUAUUUUCACUCAUGCGGGUGAUCCAGGUAACUGGUUUCGCGAGACGUUCGAGGCCGAGAGGAGGGCUAGAGAGGAAGAAAGACAACGUCAGAGAAGAGAGGAACAGGAAAGAAACGCAGCUAGGCAGCGAGAGCGGGAAGCCCACGAGCGCCGGCGGAGAGAAGCCGAAGAAAGGCAGCGAGAGCAGAGAGAGGCCGAGGAGAGAGAAAGACGAGAAAGAGCGGAGAGAGCACGGCGAGCAGCAGAAGAGCGAGAAAGAGUCGAACGAGAACGGCAAGAACAAGAAAGAAGGUGGAGGGAACAGCGACAACAAGAACAAAGCCAGAGGCGACAUGGUGCGCAAGAGCAUCAGUCUCGAACAACUGAGCCCAACGGAUCUACAUUCUCACAUUUCACACAGCGGGAAUGGGAGGCAUUUUUCUAUAUCCUUCGAGUUCUUAUCAUUUUACAUGAAGUUGCUUCAGAGAACAAACGUCAGGAUUCUACUAGUUCUUCAACCCCGUUUAGUGGAUCAACUAGUGGUACUCCACGUUCUUCAUUUGGCGGCUCGACAACUUCAAAUCAAAGUAGUCCUCGUUCCUCAUUCGGCGAAUCAACUGCCUCGGAUAGAAGUACCCCGCGUUCCUCGUAUAGUGGAUGGACGGCUUCCAACAGCAGCACUCCACGUUCCUCAUUUAGUGAAUCAACCACUUCAGACGGUGGUGCCUCACGACCCUCAUUCUCGGCUCCUAAUCCUCCACCAGAGUCGCCUCGUCCUACACAGGAACGAACGAACGAAGACUUCACGGAACCUGCGGAACCUUCAUAUUCGUCCUAUCAACCGCGAACAGAGUCUAAUUUCGUACCCCUUCCGAGAUACAGCUCGAGGGCUCGUUGGUCACAAGCGGAGCUAGAUGCCCUGCUGAAACUGCGUCGGGAUCAUCCUCGGGAGACCUGGGAUUACGUUGCGCGCCGCUUGAACUCCCAGUUCGGAAAUGCAAGGAACGGCAAUGCCGUAAGAUUAAAGCAUAGCAAGCAUACUCGUUAA